AUGCCCAACCUACAAAUCUAUUUUAUUGCAUCAAUUUUGUUGGUUGCCUUUGUUACUCAAGCAACGACUUUGGCUGUGUUUAAAGGACCCUGUCCAAAUAACAUGACAUCUAUUGGAAACUUUGAUAUGAAGCGGUAUUUGGGUAAAUGGUAUUCACACUCCAUGUAUGCGUUGUUUUCGAAGAAAAUUCCCAAUUGCAAGUCCAUUGAGUUCAUACAGGAAAAGGAUGCUACCUAUACACUUACAAAUAAGGAAAUCAGCACCGUGACUCAUACACUGAAAACAAAAACAUACAAGAUAAAUAAUAUCGAUAGCACGAUUGGCAAGUUUGAUAUGGAAAUUAACGAAAAAGGCGACACUAGAAGCAUUGAGAUCUAUAUUUUAGACACGGAUUAUGAUAGCUUUGCUAUUCAGUUCAUGUGCUUCGAUUCCAAUAGCGUUUUCAACUUUCAGUGGGCUGUGAUCAAUACACGCAAGCGAAUACCAUCAGCAGAAACUAUAUUCACAGCUCAAAAGAUGGCCCAACUCUCAGGCAUAAAGAUAAGUAAAAUGAUUAAGGUAUUGCAGCAUGCCUGUCCGUCAGAUACUUAAAUGUAUAAAAAUCUAUAAACAAUUAUGCUAUUAUAAUAUUAUUCAGUUA